AUGGGUAUCAGAACAUUCUCAGUACAAGAAAAAUAUAGGGGAGGAGAAGAGACAGAACCAAGGAAGAAACUAAAGAAAGUGAGAUCAGUUAAAGUUGCAAACCUGGAUAGAUUGAGGUUAUCAAUGAGGAAAGAUAGAUUUCGGUUUGCUCGUGUUUUCGAUGCUUCUUCUGAUGAUGUUACUGAGGCAUCUCAAUCAUCUUCUGCUGCCAUUUCAGGGACAUCAUCUCCUAACUAUAUGAAGGCCACAACUAGCUCUAGUGCUAGAAAAUUCAGUAAGGUGAUAGUACAAGAUUACUCUGAUCCUGCUGGUGUAAAUAUUCCUGUUAAUGUCAAACCAGAAAAAUCUCUUAAGAGAAUGACUAGUUUGAGGCAGUCAAAGAAGUUGUCUAGUAAAAGGUCGAUGAAAAUUCGAGCCAAAUAUUCUCAGUUUUCUGAUGUUAGUGUUGGUGAAGGUGAAAUGUUGGGCUUUGGUAGAAUGGGAUUUCUGGAUAAUACUGAAAUCAAUGCAGGACUAGAAUUUGACCCACAAAGCCUAAAUGUUCGUGCUUCUCAUGAUCAGGAGAGCAUGGUCGAGACAGGAGCAAAACAGAAGGGAAUCUUAGGACGAUCAAGAUCAAGAAAAAUGAUGAGACUCAAGAGCAUGAAAUCUUCAAGGACAAGGCAGAGGCUAAAAUCCAGAUUCAAUGGCGAGGCAGCAGAGAUAAUGUCACAAGAAGCAGGGGUAUCCAGUGCUGAACCACACUUCAUGAAAGGCACUAGUACUCAUGAAGCAAAAAAGAAUUCUGACAAGGGUUUGGCAAGAACAUCUAGUUUGAGACCUCUAAGGAUCCUAGCAAAAAUUCCGAGCCUAAGACCUAAAAGGAAUAAAGUAAAGAAAAGGCCUCAGGGUAACCAAAUAUCAGGCACAGGAGUUACUCGUGCUACCUGUUCGUCUACUUUAAAGAGAACCGAAAUCCCUGAUGAUGUUGCACUUCACUUGAGGGCUCAAGAAUCAGAGGGAGUUUCGUCUUUCCAUGUUUGUCCAUACAGUUAUUGCUCUAUUCAUGGUCACCGCCACCAAACGCCUUCCCAACCUCUCAAAGAAUUCAUCUCUGCAAGAAGGAAAUUGUUGGGUAACAAGAAAGGAGAACGAAAGUGUCUGGCCAGGGACAAAGCAGAACAUUGCUUAACUGAAACAAAAAAUGAUCAACCAAGAGAAACAUUUUCUACUGAGAGUAAUGGAGCCCAUAAACUAAUGCAUGCCACAACAGAAGACGAUCGGCAAGUAGAAGAUGAUGGGAUGGAUUAUAUCAUAAAAAUCUAUGCCAAACCCAGAAAAAAGUGGGAUACUACUGAAGAUGCCCUAAAUGAAAAUUCUGCAGCAUCAUAUGCCAUCACUUAUGACCAAAUCAGCGUCGGGGACUCUGAUGGGAAACAAGAAGAAACACUCUCUGAGGCAUUAGGAAUAGAGGAAAAACAAGGAGCAUUGUAUGAUGAUCAACAUAAGAGAUAUGAGAUCUUAAGAGUUCUUGAUGUUUACUCGAGUGAUAAAGCUCAGCAGCAGAAUAACAGCGUUGCAGCUUUGAGUUUACCUUUGGAAAUAGAAGACAGUUAUCAAAAUUCAGUUUCCAUUGGUAAGGCAAUUGAACCAAGUAUAGAAGAAGAACACCAGAAGCAUUCCGAUAGUACUUUCCAUUCAGAAAAUAGGCUUUCAGAAGUCAUUACUGGUGGUUACCUGACCAAUAUCCUGUCUGACAAACAGAAGUAUACAAGCAUGUGGCAUCUGAUCUAUCAGGAACUUGUUUCAAAUGAAGAAUCAAUGAAUGAAGCCCAGGAGGUAAUUCAAGGACCUGAAAAAGAAGGUGGUGAUGGUGUGGAUGAUGGUGUUGCAGCAACAGAGAGCAUUGCAUUAGACGAAACUGCGGCCAUAAAGUUGGUACAAGGAGCAAUUGAUGCAAUUCUACAUCAUGAGGUAGAGUCACACCAGCAGUCAAAUCCAGCCCAUGAAAUGGAAGCUUGUAUUAGAUCAGAACUGAGUUUCUCUCCAACAUCUCCCUCAGAAGAAAUUUUAGAAGGAAGUGAAGUAGAUGUGGCGGCAACCAGGUCAGAAUGGGGGAAAAAGCAACACAAAAUGAAGCAAAUAGGUGACAGCUUACUGCCACAAGAAGAACCAAAUGAAAGAGAGGCAUCCGGAACACAAAUGUCCAAGAGCCUCAGCAAGCUGAGAAAAAUAUUAAUGACUGCCAAAUUUAUCAAGGCAAUGGAAAAACUGAAAAAGAUAAAUGCGCACACACUGCAACAUUUGGCUGCAGAAACAAAAAUAGAAAAUGAGAGAGUGUAUUUAAGGCAUCUAAGCAUGAAUGAAAUGAGGAAUUCUGAGGAAUGGAUGCUUGAUUAUGCGCUCCGACAGGUAAUAUCAAGGCUGGAUCCUAAACAACAAAAAAGAGUGGCACAACUAGUAGAAGCAUUUGAAAGAGUUGCCCCAGGGAAAAAUAAGAAUGGCAGCAGCAGUAAUCCCCUGACCAGUAUGCCUGCUCCGAGCAGAAAAUUAGCCAUUCCAAUGGACGGAGAGUUAAAAAAAUUUGCUACACCAAAAGAAGGCCCCCAAAUACAGGUUGUGCAGGAACAAGAUGAUGGUUUCCUGGCAUCUCAUAAAGGUGCUACUCAGGAAAAUUCCUAUAGAGAAGAGCAUGAUUACCAGGCAAAGUCAACAGGAAACAACAUUCUCCAAGAAUCGGAUGAGAUGUACCUUUCAAAUUCUACUUCACUUUCUUUAGUGAUGAAUUCAGAAUCAACUUGUGCAAAUUCAUCAUUUGGUGAAGGAGGAAAGGGUAAUAAUGAACCUGUAAACACACUCAAGGUUCCAUCCUAUGCUCCUACUAAAGAUUCUGAAUUCAGAAUGAGUGGUGAUCAUAUGACUAAUAUUUUCUCCAACAAACAAAAGUAUACCAGUAUGUGGAACCUGAUCUACCAACACGUAUCAAGUGAAGCAUCAAUCAAUGAGAAACAGGUAUCACAUGAAUUCAAUGAAGAGAAAGGUGGUGAUACAUACUACUCUGAAUUGAACGACAGGGACUCGACUCCCAAAAGUUACGACGUGGAACAAAAGGAAGAUCAGAGUGCAACUGGCGAAAGGCCCGAACUUGACCAAUCAGCUGCCAUAAAGUUGGUAAAAGAAGCCAUUGGUGCACUUUUAGAAAGUUGUGAACAGCCAAAUUUAAACUGUAUUCAAGACUAUUACAAAGCGUCAGGUUACGCUAGAGUUCUGUGCAAUUCAACUCCUACAUCUUGCACAGAAGACAAUGCCAUAGAAAGGGGUAAGAGUGCAGAGAAGCGUAUCUACUCAGAUGUCAAAGAAAAGACACAUCUAGUAGAUGAUACAAAUCUCCCACUCCAGCAGCAAGUAGAAAGUGGUGAAUUGAAAGCACCUCAGAGAAAAAUGUCCAAAAGCUUAAGCAAGCUAAAGAAAGCGAUUGCAACUGCCAGAUUCAUCAAAGCGAUGGAAAAGCUGACAAAGCGUAGUCCACGUAAAUCAUAUAAUCAUUGUUCAGACACAGCCUCAAUGGAAGAAAGAAUUUAUCUAAGACAUCAGAGCAUGGAUGGAAGGAAAAAGGAUGAGCAAUGGAUGCUCGAUUAUGCACUUAGAAAGGUAAUAUCCAAGCUGGAUCCUGAUCAACAAAGAAAAGUGGCACUACUAGUUGAAGCAUUUGAAACAGUGCACCCUGAGCACCGAGAAAAUAUCAACAGUCAUUGUCUAAAAGGUGAAGCUGCUAACAGCACGGUAUUCACCUUCCCAACAAACAAACCAGAAAAUGCUCAGCAGAAGUGCUCUAUACCUAUUGAACCUAAUCCUCAGAAGCAAGAUGAUUGCAUCCUAUUAUCCACAAGAGAUGAGUCUCCAGAAAAAAGUCUGCAGGAACAUCAUGAUCAACAGCCAAAUUCAGCAGAUGACAUAAUACUGCAAGUGACUAAUGAAACUACAGAAUCACAUUCAACUUCGGAGUUGUCUGAAGGCAAUAUAAGAUUAACUUCAGAGGAUUUCACACUUGAAGAACCCAAAAUCGAGAAACAAGAAACAAGAGCAAUGGAAUCUAAUUCCUCAAAAUCAACUCAUAUUUCUGAGGCAUACACAGGUGGUGAUAUGGCCACUAUCCUGUUGGACAAACAGAAGUACACUAGCAUGUGGAACCUUAUCUAUCAACAUGUUCUCUCAAAUGAAGCAUCAACUACUGGAAAGCAGGAAGUCAAUGAAGACGAUGAAGAGGGAAAACCUGAUGAUGCAAACACAAGCCAAGCAGAAAAGGAUCCAGAUUCAUUCCAGAGCACUCAGUUGAAGGAAUCAGAGAUAUAUGAAAAUAACCGAAGUGCAGUCUUUGAUCAGUCAGCAGCCAUACAACUGGUGAAAGAAGCAAUCAAUGCAAUCCUGCAAAAGCACGAGCAAACAUCGGACCAGCAGUCCCUUCGAGAUCAUCACAUAGGUGUUGAUACUCCAACAGAAAUUUGUGGUACAACUGCUCUUUUUUCCACAAUAGAGAAGCCUGAACUAAAGAUCGAGGAAAAUCAUGGUCAUUCAGAACCAAAAGACAAGCUCCACAAAAUAGAGAACAAAAGUGGCCUACUCCAGCAGCAAGCAGAACCAAAUGAAGAAAAGAUAGCCCCGAGGAAAUUGUCGAAGAGCUUAAGCAAGCUGAAAAAAGCUAUUGUAACUGCCAAGUUCAUCAAAGCAAUGGAAAGACUUCAAAAGAUCAACCCGCGUAAACCUAGGCAUCUAUCUCCAGAGGUGGCCUCAGAGAGAGAAAGGGUCUACCUAAGGCAUUUAAGCAUCAAAGAUCGGAAAAGUGACGAAGAAUGGAUGCUUGAUUAUGCCCUCAAAAAGGUAAUUUCUAACCUUGCUCCUGAACAGCAGAGAAAAGUAGCACUACUUGUAGAAGCAUUUGAAACAGUCAAGCCAGAGAAAAAAAGCAUUAGAUAUCAAAAGAAAUCAGAGUGCGACCCUGCGAUUGAAUCUAAUGACAAAGUUAAUGUUGUAUUGUCUUAUGGUAACAACAAUCCUCCCAUGGAAAUUGAUAGACAAGACAUGCUUGGUAAAGGUAUUACAUUUGGCAAAAGAGAGCAAGAAGAUCAUGGCAUAAAGUCCUUAAACCUCAGGAGAGACUUAUCCAGUAAGAUUCUUAAUUCAGAUGACACCAAUUUGCACCCUAAUCAAGCCAUAUCAAGAGGUAAUGCUAACCAAAAUCCUACACGUCUUUAUAUACAAUGCCAACAUUUUAGACAGCAACAAAGAGUCCCAUUAUUUCAUGCAAUGGCUUUUGUAGGUUCUCCAGUUACUGACCAAUUGCAAGUGUUCGCAAUGAGAAAAGAGGAGGAUAAUGUCAGUUGCAUAGAUGAAUCAUUUCAAAAAGCCAAGGGUGUUGAGCGGGACACAGAGGCUAACAUCACCAAAGGCAUUUUCUGUGACAAACAGAAGAAUAACAGUAUGUGGUACAUGAUAUAUCAGCAUGUCCAAUCCAUUAGUGAAACAGAAGAUGGGAGCACGCCGACUGAAAUACAGAUCAGUCAAAACCAGAUGAAAACGGGAGGUGCGUCCUCGGAGAUGAUCGCUGAUGCAGAUGUUGAUGACAGCGAUACAAGCAGCGAAGCAAGUGAGCUUACUGAGAGUGAUGCCAUUAAGCUGGUAAGAGAUGCCAUCAAUGAUAUCCUUGAAACCCCACAAGACCUUGAAAAUAAAGUUUCUUCCAGCAAUAGGGCAGCAGCUAUAGAAAGUCAAAGAGCAGUAGAGGAAAAGCCAAAAAAAGGCUUGUCCAGAGGCUACAGCAAGCUGAGAAAAUUAAUUAUUUGCAACAAAUUCAUCAAGACUAUGGAACAGACACAGAAGUUCUACCCACAAAAGAAAACUGGUCAAGCCUUGCAUUCUGAAUCAGAAGCAGAAAAGGCUAAUCUAAAGACUCGUGCAGUUGGUGAGAGAAAAGGGAUUGAUGAAUGGAUGCUUGAUAACAUGUUGCAGAACGUUAUUGCUGGGCUUGCCCCAGUACAACAAAGAAAAGUAGCCUUGUUGGUUCAAGCCUUUGAAAAAGUCAAUCCAGAAGAAAAGACAAAAAGACUCUGUUACACUAAAACAGAAUUCCCUGAUACCAGUUCAGAAGAAGGUGGUAUCAAGGAAAAAGAAGAUAUAAUAUCAUCACAGAACUCAAAAUUUUCUGAUAGCCUGGACCUCAACCUAGAAACAUCAAAAACUUCUGGCACAGAAAAGGUUGCACAAGAAAUCCUAAAAGACAUAACUGGCCGGACCAAUGAAUUUGUGUUGAAUGGGGAGAAACGGAGUGAUAGCCCAGGUAGUGCUACAGCUGAGACAUCUGAAGAAAUUUGCAAUUUUUCAGAUACUUGCAAGGCUACAACAGAGACUGAUGAAGCAAAUGCACCAUGUGUUCUGCUGGAGGAAAGAACAAGUUUCAAAAAGCUUAAGGAGAGAAUUUCAGAACACGAACAGUUGGCUGGGAAUACAAAACUAGCCUUCAAAUUUCCAAAAAUGCUUCCACAACUGGAGAAUUUGGAAGAUGGGUGGAAUUACAGCUCACAAGAAAAAUCUGCCAGCCUCUGGGGGUUGAUACUGCAGCGCGUCACUACUGAUAUGUUGGAGAAACCUGAAACCCCAGAAAAAUGUGAGAUUGAAGCAGAUGCACACGGAGACAGCUCUGAGACAUCAGAAAACAAAAACGAUGGCUCUUCUCAGCUAGCUUUGAAAGUCAAAAAUUGCAGGGAUAUGGGUGUCCAGACUCCAAAGAGUUUUGAUUUCCAAGAGAAUGAAGCAGUUAAGUUGGUAGAGGAAGCAGUAGAAGAAAUGCUACUUCUUCAGGACCAAAUUUGCGACACAGAAUCAAUAACUAUUAGCACAACAUCAGAUCAAAAAGUUAACAGUGAUAGCAAUGGAGAUCCCAUAGAACCCUCAACUUCUGCUACACAGAUUGCAGAAGUUCCAACAUCGCUUCAUAGUGUUAUUGCAACACCUCCAGACGAAAAAAUGACAUCAUCGAAAGAAACUUCACCCAGCAGCUACAACACAUUUUAUAAAUUCAUUCUAUGUAAGAGAUACGUCAAGGCAAUGGACAAAAUGCGAAAACUGAAAGCAGUGCCUGCUCAAGACAUUUCUCAACAUCCUCACUCGGAAGAGAGUACUCCUUCAUUGCGUCAAGUUUCAACCAGUGACAAAAACAGUUGGGAGGAAGGGAUGCUUGAUCAUGCUCUUCAGAAAGUUAUUGGAAACCUAGCGCCUGCCAAAAAGCAACGUGUAGCACUUCUGGUUCAAGCUUUCGAGACAGUAGGUUCACAGCCAGAACCAAAAAAAUUUGGAGAGGUAAAGCAUCAUUCUCAUAAGUAAGUGUUUCAACACUACAGAAAAUCUAAGCAAAGUGCUUUUUUCCCUCACCACUUUAUAAACAGAUAGUGUUCUGAAAAUUCAACUUUGAAAAAACUACACUAAGAUUUGAGCUUAGCAACUAUUCCCUAUUAGGCAGGAACAAAGUGCUAUUAGACUUCCAAAAUGCAGGCAAAGAAUAAGAAUGUUUUCAUGAAUACUCUGCCAUCCUAAUGCAUAUGCGUCGAACUGAACAUCCAAAGUAAAUAUGGUGCUUCACAUUUUCUGAGAUAUAUUUGUGUAUGAUUUGGUCUCAAUAUUGCAACAAAUCUGGUUUUAUUGUAGAUAAGUUUUGUAUCUUUGGAAUGAACUGUGUUGUACCGUCAAACACAUUGGGAUGUAUAUUAAUUUUGAUUGAUGCUAUUCCUUCAUGAAA